AUGGCCAACGUCUUACUGUGGUGCUUGCUUGCCUGUUCUUGCUGUAUCCUUAUAGAUGCAAAGUUGCCUUCCAUCGAAAGGUGUAGAGAAAUCAAGAAGGGCAUUGAAGAAUGGAUCAUAAAACAAGCAAAUAAAACACAUCCAAGCUUCCUUCAUACUCCAGUUGAUGUGACGGCUGAGUGCUGGGAGUCUGCCCUGAAUUGUUUUCGAUACGAGACAUCCCAUUUAAAAGAAGCCAAUGGACAGAAAGAGGAAGACUUUAAGAGGAAUAUUAGGAAAGUUUAUCUGAAGAGGAUGCACACUCCUGAGAAUAAAGGUUGUCCGAUUUGUACUAAAUAUCCAACACAGAAACCAGGGGAUUUUCUGGAAAGCAUGCUAUUGCUUUUGCAGCAGAUUAUAGCUGAUUAUCCAACACAGACAUCAGGCUGA